UCCUCCUCUAUACCAGGGAAGCAUUAAUAGGUUGUGGCAUUAUUAGGUUGGCAAACUAUUAUUUUAUUAAGAGAUUUAAAUCAAUUAUAUAUAAAGCUAGAUUUCUUGUCUCAAAGGAACAAGAGGGGAAUCCUCCAGCUUGGAAGAGACACAAUGAUGGAAAUUUUGGAGGGCCUUUUUCUUGACUGACUGGAGACCUUAAAUUUUUGAAGAUUCCUCUUGAAAUUUGGAGGCUGUAGAAAGGAAGAUUUGUAGCAUCUGCAGGCAUUGUAGAAAGAGAGAGAAGAACUGGUCUAUAUGGUCGCGUUCUGUAACUACAUAGCCAAGUCCCACAUGACACUAGCGCUUACUUAGCACAGAACCCGGCCCACAGUAGGAGCUUAAUCAAUGCUUGUUGCCUCGACUUGACAAUCUGCGUGUCCAGGACGUUUGAGGGCGGAGAACGGGGAAGACUAAGGACCCGGCGAUCCGUUAGAUGGAGGAAUCCUGCCUAAAUGAGGAGGCAGUUCUGGGGCGAGGGCGGAGCCAGCCCCUCCGCUUCUGCGCUCCUCCCUCUGUGAGCCGGCUGGCCAGGGCUGGGCUGGGCGGCGCUAGGACCUGGCUCUGCUCGGGCUCGGGCUCUGGCUCCCGGCUCGGGCUCCGGCUCCAGCUCCGGCUGCAGCGGGGCCUGGGCCAGGAGCGGCUCCGGGGCUGCGGAGGCGCUGGGGGCCGGGCUGCAGCGCCAUGUGAGCGGGACCGGGUACGAGCGCUCCCCGGGGGAGGUGUGACCCUCUUUCCCCCUCCCCCGGGUGACCGGAAGACUGUUCCUACCCCAAGAUUGCUGGAGAGACAUGAAUAAAAACAAGGGCCAGCGAUCAGUGGUGCUAGGGGCCCUGUUUGCGCUCAUCACCCUCCUCAUCCUCUACAGCUCCAACAGCGUCAAUGACGUCUUUCCCUACGGCUCCCUGCGAGGCCGCUUCCACCGGCCGCCCAACCUGAAGAAGUGGGCCAUUGCUGACAGCUAUGUCCCAGUCCUUGGCAACAAGACACUGACCUCCCACUGUCACCAGUGCGUGAUCAUCACCAGCUCGAGCCACCUUCUGGGGACAAAGCUGGGGCCGGAGAUCGAGCGGGCAGAGUGCACCAUACGCAUGAACGAUGCGCCCACCACAGGCUACGAGGGGGAUGUGGGGAGCAAGACCACCUUUCGGGUCGUGGCCCACUCCAGUGUGUACCGGGUGCUGCGGCGGCCCCAGGAGUUCGUCAAUAAGACCCCGGAGACCGUAUUCAUCUUUUGGGGACCUCCCAGCAAAAUGCAGAAACCCAACGGCAGCCUGCUGCGCGUCAUCCAGCGCGUGGGCCUCGCCUUCCCCAACAUGGCCGCCUACGCCGUCUCACCCGCCCGCAUGCGUCAGUUCGAUGACCUCUUCCGCGGGGAGACGGGCAAGGACAGGGAGAAGUCUCGAUCCUGGCUGAGCACAGGCUGGUUCACCAUGGUCAUUGCCGUGGAGCUCUGUGACCGGGUCCAUGUCUAUGGGAUGGUUCCACCCAACUACUGCAGCCAGCGGCCCCAGCCUCACCGGAUGCCCUACCACUACUAUGAGCCCAAGGGGCCAGACGAGUGUGUCACUUAUAUCCAAAAUGAGCGCAGCCGCAAGGGGAAUCACCACCGCUUCAUCACUGAAAAGAGGGUUUUCUCCUCUUGGUCUAGGGCCUACAACAUUACCUUCUCCCAUCCCUCCUGGACAUAAGGGUAUCUCCUGGACAAUUAGGGCUCAGAGAGUAGGUUCCCAGACAAUCAGGGUAUAGAGGGUAGGUCCUGGGCACUUGGGACUCAGGAGAAUUCUGCUGGCCAAUCUAUAUCUCACCUAGUUGGUCCUAGAGCUUCUUCAGUUAUUCAAGGCCUGGAGGGCAGGAUAGGGUCUCCAGGUUAUUUGCAACUUUGAGGGUAUCUUUUGGCCAUUCAGGGUCUCGGAGGCAUAUCUUAGCUAAACAGGGUCUGGUGUACUUUUCCUAAUGAAUCAGGGUCUUGGGGUGCCCUUUGGCCAACCUGGGCUGUGAUCCCAUUUCUGGUUACAUUAGAAACAAGGACAUGAUCUUCCCCGUGAGGCCUUAGUUCUGAUUUCUUUGGCCCCAAGGUGUUUGUUUGUUUUUUUCCCUAAAGAGAUACCAGAAAUCAAAACAAAACAAAAAACUUCCAGUUUUUUUUCCAGUUGACUUUAGAGGAAGUCCUGGCCCUAGAGACAAUGGGGGCUUGGACCAAGGGCUGGGAAAGGAGGCACACAACAUGCCCUUUGCCACAGACACAAACCACUUUGGUUGGUCUCGGUGCCCCUGGCCCGGUUCUCUCAGCAAGUCCUCUAAGUGAAGCAGAAUGUAGCUUCCCUUCUUUCUGGGAGCUGGGUCCAUUCUGUGGUAGCCUGGGGAGGAGAGAGCCAAGGGCUGUCCUUAGCAUUUCUCUGGCCCUGUGCAUUCCGGGGGUCUUUUUCUUUACUCCAGAGAACUUUGAAGUGUUUGCUUCUCACCAUCUCCUGGCACUCAAAAUGGGAAGAAAAGAGAAGAGAGGAAGUGAUUUGAUACUGUGGGGGAUCCCUGGACUGUGGCUCUGGGUUCUAGUGUCAACUCUGCUGCUAAUUAACCCACCGGACUUUGGGCAAGUGACAUUCCCUUUAUAGACUCUGAAGGGUUUGGACUCAGUGAUCACUGAGGUCUCUUCUAGCCCAGAUAUUUUAGGGUUCUGUUUCUGACUCCGUGUCCUUUAUUUUCCCUCUCAGUUCCCUCUUCAGUUCCCAUUCUCUUUCUGGUUCUGGGUAGGCAUGGGUUGGGAACCAAGGACUAAAGAACUCUGCUCUAUCAGGAUAGGCAAAGACCUUUCCCAAACCCCUGCUCCCCUGUCUUGCCAAUACCUCUUUCUUCCCAAGGCUGUGAUUGGCAGGGAAGGGGGGGGAAUACCCCACUCUUGAGUGGGUGAACAUCCACCUAGAUUCCUCCCUGCCCUCCUCCCUCCUCCCUGCCCCCUUCCAGCUGCUAAUCUCCUUGGAAAUUAAAUCGACAGUGCCUCAUUUCCUCUUCUCCAUUUGUUCCUGUCCCUCCUCCCCAAUCCCAAGAUGUCUCAGUCUUGCCUCAGUGAGGUCCCCUCUCACCUGCUGAGUGAUUUUCCACUAGUUUGGAAAGGAAUGUAUGGCUGCAGGCUCUACCUUUAGGCCCAGAAAAAGGAAAUGGGCAUUCUACCUGCAAUUGGAAUUUAGAUGUGCAUCCCUUCUGAGUGGAGGGGUUAACCCCUGGUAACCAAAAAGCAAACCAGCUGCUGGGGCCGCAGAUGAGGACUUGGGUUCCAGGCUUCCUCCCACCUGGCCUUGUCACUAAAUUGCUGACUCUGUUUUCCCCCAGGAGCAGCUGGUGGGGAUAGAGUGGGUGUCCCUAGCUACUCAGUAUGCCAUCUUGUUCUCAGCAUCCCAGGUGAGGGAUGGAGCUGUGAGAAAGCAUUCCUGGGUGGGUCUUUGUGGGUGUACCUGGGGUGCCAAGGAGAACCCGGCAGGUUGAGAUCAGAGGCUAGGUAGUACUUGGGUCAGGGAGGAUGCAUUCUGUUCUCGUGUCAGCGUAAGCUCACCUCACCAUCGCCCCCGCCCCCCCAGCCCUGAAAGGUGGUUUUGUAAUGGUUUGUAUAGGAAUAAAUAUUAUUCAGCUCUCACUGUC